AUGACCGCAGCAGCGCACGUCGCGGUAAUUGGUGCAGGGCCUGCUGGCCUCGCCGCCAUAAAAUCACUCUUGGAUGAGGGCUUCGAGGUCACCUGCUUUGAGCAACGCGCCAAUCCUGGUGGUAUUUGGGCGUUCAGCGAAGUCCCAACACACACCUCCGUCACGAGCCAGACCAAGGCCCAGCUGAGCAAGUUUCUUACGCCGUUUUCGGACUUUCCUCAUUCAGAUGAUGUUCCUCGACACCCAACAGGUGCCGAUCUCGGUACUUACUACCGAGAUUAUGCGAUUCAUUAUGGUCUCAUGGACAAGAUUCGAUUCGGCGUCACUGUAGAGGCCAUCAAGAGAGACGAGUUACGCAAGCUCUGGCUGGUCAAAAUCUCUGGGAAAGAUACCAUGCAGCCGUUCGAUAAGAUCAUCUAUGCUGUAGGUACCGAAACGAAAGCCAAGUUGCCCACAAUCGAAGGACAAGAACAGUUUCAGGGCAGGCUGAUUCAUGGGCAAGCAUAUAAACGGCCGGAGGAAUUUGCCGGUAUGAACGUCAUUGUAUUAGGGCAGGGCAAUUCUGCAGCCGACUGCGCAGUGGAGCUUACAGAACAGGCAUCCAAAGUGUACUUCGCGCAUCGGCGAGGAGCCUUGGUCAUCCCGCGUAUGGUGAAAGGCAAGAGGUUUGACCGUUUUGCCAUGUGGAAAGCCGUGUCUACAUUAUUCUGGGCUGAGCGCUUCUUUCCUGCUCUUCACGCCUGGAUGAUAAACAAAAACUUCACCGCCGCGAUGCGCAGCUCAUGGGGCGAAAUCGAGCCUGAGUUCCGCUUCGACUGGCACCCGCGAUAUGCCAGCAAUGUCACUGGAGUGCUUAUGACCGAUGACCUGAUCCCGGCCCUUCGCGAUGGACGAGUGCAGUCGACCUGGUCUCUGCGUAAGAUAGUCGGACCGAAGGCGGUCGAAAUGGAGGACGGAACGGUGCUGCAGGACGUGGAUGCUAUUAUAUGCUGCACUGGGUAUACAACACCAUUCGGUGUUCUUGAUGAAGCAGCUGUUAAGUUCACUGAAGUUGAUCCCAAAGUUCCACCACAGCCAAACCUCUACUACAACGUCAUCUCACCUGAAUACCCCGACAGUCUCGCAUUCCUCAACUUUGCCGUCCUCUUCGGCAGUGCCUCGCAGUGUCGUGAGUUGGCCUCAAUGGCCAUCGCUCAAAUAUGGACGGGCAAGUCCUCUCUACCGCCACGAGAGGAAAUGGAUCGUCAGAUCCGUGAACGUCAGUCCUGGUAUGUCAAGAGAUGCUACACAGAGCCCCUGGUGCAACUCGAGGGUCUCGUGGAGCCAGACUCUUGGAUGCGCUGGGUGCAUAGCACUGCCGGCACAGGUCUGUAUGAGAAUUUAGGUUGGACUUGGCAAGGGCUGCGGUUCUCCUUGCGCCACCCAAGAACAUAUCUUUUGCUGGCGUAUGGCGUGAAUACGCCCCAUAUGCUCCGUUACUUCGAGACUAGGAAGAGGAAGGCUUGGAAUGGGGCGAUGGAAGCUAUUCGGCAUGCAAAUAAGAUGAGCCGCCUGGAUUUAUCAAAGAAAGAAGAGAAACAGGAGUGA